CUUGCUGCUCCACUGAGAAGCAAAACAUAUUGUUAUGGAGUUGAAGAGGGAGGUGACGCCGCAUAUGAAAAGGUGAUGGGACUCUACUUGGCUGAACCUGUGCAACUAGAGAAGAAUAGAUUGCGGGAUGCGCUUGCAUGCACCAGAGAUAUCACUUCAUUGAAAGAGCUCAUGCUGUUGUCUCUUGAUCGAAAUUCUUCUUUUGUACGCCUCCAAGACGUCGACUACAACUUUAGAAGUGUUGCGAAUAAUCCAGUCGGCCAGGAAAUUAUAUUCAGUUUCUUUAUUGAACAUUGGGACGAUAUAUACGAUGGGUUGAUGCCAGAACGUAGCACUAUUGGAAAUAUCAUAAAGAAAGCUGCACUUGGAAUACGAUCGCAACAUCAGAUUGAACAGGUAUGA